AUGGCUACUAUGUACGACACUGCUGCUGCUCCCACACCAUCGGCAGCAGCUCUCACGCCAUCAGCAGCAGCUCCUACGCCAUCAUCAGUAGCUGGUGGAGAGACUGUUCAUGUGGUGCAAGUCGGCGGAGCUAAUGGCUCGCUCACAUUUUGGCCUGAGAAUACGAAGGCCAACGUUGGCGAUCUAGUCCAGUUUCAAUUCAAUCCCAAGAACCACUCUGUAGUCCAGACAACCUUCGCGACUCCCUGUAUGCCCAUGCAACAAGUAAUGCCCAACGUGACGAAUGCAUUCUUCUCCGGCUUCAUGCCCGUGAGCGCGACCAACUCGACCAAAGACGUUCUCGUUUACUCCGUCCGUGUGACUACCGACAAGCCCAUUUGGUACUACUGCUCGCAGAUGAAGCACUGCCAGGCUGGUAUGGUUGGUGCCAUUAAUGCUCCAGAAACGGGUGACAAGACCGUAGCAGCUUUCAAGCAGCUCGCUGCCGCUGCUGCUGAGAAUCUAUCUCCUGGCCAGUUGCCAUCCGCAGGGGCAUCACCAUCAAGUGCUCCUGGUGCUCCCAAUGCUGGUGGCGCUGGCUCUUCUGUCCUACCAACUGGUGGUGCCGGCGCCGCUUCAACACCGACAGACAGCGCUGGCCUCCCUAUCUCAACUGGUGGUGCCGCAGCAUUAGACAUAGCCAAGAGCGGGGUUGUCGUUGUUGCAGCAGUGGCACUUGCAUUCCUUGCCCUAUAA